UAUAGAUUGAUAAUAAGAUUCCGGUAUAGAAAUUAUACUACGAUGUAGUAAUUUCAGUGUCAAAUCUAUGCUACACAUGGUGAAAAUCCUAUUGUCGUUCUAUAAAAAAACAGAUGCAUAACACACAUAAUUACCUCUCAAAUUUCUAAAAUACCACAUUAAUUCAAUGAUAUUCACAAGCAACAAACUAAGAAUAAAGUGACCCAAAAAAUUUCUAAUUUGGAAAUUGUUUGGUACAUACCAAGACUAAAGCAUCUGUCGAAUACCAAAUUAAUGUCGGUUUUUGCAUGUCUAUAUAAACACAUACCACAUUUUUUUUUAUUCAAUUGCAGGAAAAAAAAAGUUAUCAAAUGGAUUUUGUUACACUUUUGCUACUUUUUUUAUCGUUGGCAUUUUCUCAUGUCUUGGUAACAAAACUUCGGAACACAAAGCUUCCACCGGGACCCUUUCCUCUUCCUAUCAUAGGCAACACUCUUCACCUCGGGCGAAACAGGGCCCACCGCUCUUUAGCGAAGCUAUCCAAGACUUAUGGCCCUUUAAUGUACCUCAAACUCGGAACCAUACAAACAAUCGUGGCAUCUUCGCCCGAAAUGGCAAGAGAAAUUUUACAGAAGCACGAUCAAGUCUGUUCCAACCGGACGGUAUCUCUUGCGGCCCAAGCAACGAACCACCACAACGGAUCCAUAGCCUACCUGCCAGCUGGAAGCAAGUGGCGUAUAUUUCGUCAGAUAUGCAAAGAGCAUCUUUUUACGGCGCAUAAGCUCCAAUCGAGUGAAGCCCUUCGUCAAGAAAAGCUGCAGCAGUUGCGUGACUACUUGCACGAAUGCUGCGGUAGCGGACGGAUUGUCGAUAUCGGGGAGGUUGCAUUUGUGACCUCCCUUAAUCUAAUUUCAACAACUCUCUUUUCUCCUGAUUUUUCUCACUUUGGUUUCGAUUCUGUUCAAGAAAUGAAAGGAACUAUUAGGGGCCUCAUGAAUGUCUUAGGCACCCCUAAUCUUGCUGAUUACUUCCCGGUUCUUAAGUUGAUAGAUCCACAAGGCAUUAAGCGCAAGGCAGAGGGUUACUUUGGGAAGUUGCUGGCGAUGUUCGAUGAAAUAAUUAGUGAAAGGAUGCAAUCGAGGUGCAUGCCAUCCUCCCUCGAUUAUCCUAAGAAAAACGAUUUACUUGAAGUAAUCAUCGAUCUCAACCUAGAAAGUGAUUAUGACUUGAGCUUGGAGGACAUAAAGCACUUUCUUUUGGUGAGUGUGUUUUCGUUUUCUCCAUGGAUUUAUGAUGAAUCGAGCUCAAAUACCACGGAAUGGGCAAUGGCGGAACUACUACGCAACCCUAAAAUAAUGUCGAAGGCUAAAGAUGAGCUGAAGACCGUUAUCGGAGAGAAUAAACAAGUUGGAGAAUCCGAUAUCUCAAAACUCCCGUACUUAUGUGCGAUGAUUAAAGAGGCCUUUCGAUGUUACCCUGGGGGCCCGGUUUUAAUCCCUCACAAGGCCGAUACAAAUGUGGAAAUCAACGGCUAUAUGGUCCCCAAAGAUUCACAGAUACUUGUUAACGUAUGGGCAAUGGGAAGAGACUCGAGUAUAUGGUCAAAUGCAGAUAUGUUUGAGCCUGAAAGAUUUUUAGACAACGAAAUCGAAUAUAGAGGCCAUGAUUUUGAGUUCAUUCCCUUCGGUUCGGGAAGGAGAAUAUGCCCCGGGAUGCCAUUGGCUCGUAUUAUGGUGCAUCUCAUGGUGGCGUCUUUGAUUCAUAACUUUGAGUGGAAACUCGAGCCGGGGAUGAAACCCGAGGAAAUCGACAUGAAUGAUGUGUUGGGGCUUUCUCUUCAGAAGGCUGUGCCCCUUGAGGCUUUUCCUAUCAAGUCUUGAAUCUUGAAAAUGUACCUAUAUUGAACCUUCAAUUGCCUAAAGCCGCUACCGCAAUAUCUAAUUAUUAUACUUAAUUUUUGGGCCAAGCUUAAUCCCAAGAUGAAGAAAGAAGUGGAAUCCCAACUUCACAAAGUCCAAGUUCCGAUGAUUCGAAAUUUUUCGAGUUUGGAAUAAAUAUCUUUAUUCUGAUAUCAAAUAUUUCGAUUUCCGAUUUUUUUUUUUCUCGAAAUUGUUUGGGUUGGAAUUCAAAUUAUAUACAAUCUUUUCGAUCCGAUUUUAGUACCCAAAAUAAUUCUGAUAAACCCGGAUUUUUCUGAAAUGUUUUAUUCAAUAAUUGUUUAUGUAUAAAAAUAUAUUACACAUUGUAUACUUUAAUAACCGUGACAAGGUUGGCUUUUAUUUAACUCAUUCAGUAAGACACAAUUUUAGUUUGUGAUUAUUUUUAAAAUUUUAAAAAAUUCCAAUUAAAUUUAUGGA